UUCCUGAACUGCGGGGAGCUUGGUGGGCGGUCGCUGCAAGCCGGGCGUAGGCCGCAGAGGUCGCGAGUUCAGGCGUCCCGGCUCCCGUGUGACUGUCGUGAUGUUUUUCUCCCAGGCCGGGGCCCGGCCGCGGAUGUGGGAAGCCAGCCCGUCAGAACACAAGAAGUGGGUGGAAGUAUUUAAAGCAUGCGAUGAAGAAAACAAAGGCUGUCUAAGCAGAGAGAACUUUAAAGUUGCUGUUGUAAUGCUGUUUGGAUACAAGCCCUCCAAGAUAGAAGCUGAUGCUGUGAUGUCCUCAGUAGAUCCAAACACUUCCGGGAUAUUACUUAAGGAGUUUUUAGACAUUGUAAGGAAAAAGAAGGAAGCUCAACUAUAUUGGAAUGAAAUAAGACACAUCUUCACAGCUUUUGACAGGCACUAUCGUGGAUAUUUAACUCUGGAAGAUUUCAAAAAAGCAUUUAAGCAGGUGGCUCCCAAGUUAUCGGAAAGGAUUAUUCUCGAGGUAUUCAGAGAUGAGGUCCAGGAAAGCUUCACCAUGUCUCUGAGAGCUGCAGACUUCAAGGAGCAGGACGCAGGACUUCCCUGGUGGUCCGGUGGUUAAGAAUCCGCCUGCCAAUGCAGGAGACACGGGUUCGAGCCCUGGUCCGGGAAGAUCCCACAUGCCGUGGAGCAACUAAGCCCGUGCGCCACAACUACUGAGCCUGCACUCUAGAGCCUGCGAGCCACAACUACUGAGCCCGCACACCACAACUGCUGAAGCCUGCGCGCCUAGAGCCCGUGCUCCGCAACAAGAGAAGCCACCGUAAUGAGAAGCCCGCACACCACAACGAAGAGUAGCCCCCGCUCGCCGCAACUAGAGAAAGCCCGCGAGCAGCAACGAAGACCCAACACAGCCUAAACUAAAUAAAUAAAUAAUAAAAAAUAAAUUAAUUAUAAGAAGCGGGACACUUCCCGUUUGGUAGGAAUUGAUAGGCAGCCCUUAGCUAGGUAGCAGGAAGAUUAUUUAGAUUUAAAUAUUGUUUAUAUUCUAUCAUAAAAAUCAGUUCUAGGAUCAUCUGUAACAAUUUUUUUUUUUUGGCAUUUAAAACUCUGAUGGUUUCAUUAAGUUUUCCAGAGCAUAUACUGUGUUUGAAAAAUUGAAACAAAUCAGAAGAAAGCUUCAAUGCAAUGGUAAUCAUAAAACACUAUGACUUAGGCCCUUUAGCCAGUAUAGAAUUUAAAAGUAUAACUGUGUAAGGUAUAUAUAUAUAUAUUUUUAGGAAUAGCACAACUAAUAUCUUUGGUUAGAUCUGAUUGAUUCAGACCUUUGAGUUUUCAAGAUACAGAAUCAUGGAAGCAGAUGGCGGCAGAGACUUUAAAAAUCACAUCCACCGUCUCUCGUAACAUAGCUAAGAAAAUGGAAGCUACCUGAACUUCAUGGCUUACCCAAGGUUACACAGACCAGGGUCAAGACUUGGGCCUCCUGACUCCCAAUUCAAUGCCAAAGCGUUAAUCUUCCAUCCUGACUUCUACAAGAUGAGCCAUUUUGGGUGUGAAUAAAAACAAGUAUAUGCUUGUUCAGCCUCAGUAAACUUUCAUACGAAACAUGGUGUAUCAUUUCUGCCCAGUUUAUCAGAAUGAAACCUUGCAGUUUCAUUCAGGAGGCAGUUAACUAAGGUGCCCCUACAUACGUUUCAGAGCAGAGCAGCGGGAGGGAGCCCACGCCAGGUACGCAACAUGCAGUUCUCAGCCAGAGCAGAUGAGUGCCAGGACCAUACCUGACAGAGGCAGGCAGGGUUUCCAUUCGCCGUCUGCCUUGCCUGCGUCUGGUUUCCUGCGAGACGAAUGGCAUUCUAUGCCUCAGGUGUAUUAGUAAUUUCUGAGUUUGUUCCCCACUCAAGAUGACCUCAUUGUUCUGUGCUGCUUUUCCAUAAUUAUACAGUAACAGGAAAAUAAACUGGUUCUGCAUACAGCCCACAGCAGAAAUCUUGUGCUCUUUAUGUAAGUUUGAUUUAUAGACGUGUACCGCAGAGCGGAGUGACUAUGAAACAUUCAUCUUCCCAUUGCUAGUUGCCAUGGAAAUCGAGUACACAGAGCAGUGUCAUUCCAGUCCUGGUGAUGCCUGCAGUAGUUUAUUCCUUUGUUGUUCUCGUUUCUUAAGCAACUGCCCAGUAUUCUUUCAUCAUGACAAUUAAUCAUGCACACACGUUUUUGUCUUUCAUCUCAAAUAGAAAGUACUAAAAAUGUAUGAUAAAAUUUGGGAGAAUUUAAAUAUUCUGUGGGUU